AUGGCAGAGGUGCACGAUGAUGAGGACACGGAAGCCAUUUUGUUAGUGGAUGCUUCCAACGCAUUCAACGCUCUCAAUAGGACUGCUGCUACCAACAACAUGCAGUAUGUUUGCCCACCACUUGCUAAAUAUUUUGAGAACACCUACAGAGAACCAACAGACCUUUAUGUGGCAAACAGCAAGGGAGUGAUCAUCAAGAGCUGCGAAGGUUUCACUCAAGGAGACAAUAUUGCCACUGGUGGAUAUGCUCUUAGCACCAAGCCACUUAUCGACCGCCUGAGAAACAUCAUCAAACAGGUGUGGUUUGCCGAUGAUAGUGCUGCUGGAGGGAAAUUGGAGGCAGUGUAUAAGUGGUGGAAGGAGUUGCUCCAAGUUGGACCUAAGUAUGGUUAUUUUCCUAACCCAUCUAAAAGCAUUCUAGUAGUGAAGGACCCUCAGAUGAUCGACCAGGCCAAGGCAUUGUUUGGAGAGUUCAAUAUGCAAAUAACAUCAGGCACAAGGCAUCUUGGUGCAGUACUUGGCAAUACAGGUGUCAAAGAUCAGUACAUUGCCGAUAAGGUCCAAGGGUGGUGCGAAGACAUCAAGAUGCUAGCUGAUAUUGCAGAAUCUGAGCCUCAAGCAGCCUAUUCAGCCUACAUCUCUGGCAUACAACACCGAUGGAAGUUUGUUCAAAGGACUGUUCCUCAUAUCUCUGAAGCCAUGGAGCCGCUAGAACAUGAAAUAAGACAAAAGCUUCUGCCAAAGAUGCUGGGCAGGGAGAUUUCAGACUUAGAGAGGGACGUGUUAAGUCUACCAAUAAGAUUGGGAGGAUUGGGCAUUGGUAAACCCCACGAGGAAUGCCAGUCUGAGUACACAGCUUCCAAGCUACUCACCACCGAGCUUACAAAGGCAAUAGUGGACCAACAGGAAGUUUACACUGCAUCCAGUAACCUCACCAAAUCAGGGAAAGAAAUGAUAAAAAAUUUGAAGAAUUCCGAGCUCCAAGCCAAGUUUAACGCUAUAGCUGAAAGAUGUGGCACCUCCUCUAAGAGAGCACUACUAACAGCAAGAGAAAAGGGAGCGUCCAGUUGGCUUAACACAUUGCCACUUCAGCAGUAUGGCUACACUCUGAACAAAGAGGAGUUUCGAGACAGUGUCUGCUUACGCUACAGUUGGUGGAUACCAAACACUCCCAUCACCUGUGGAUGUGGGAAAACAAGUGAUCUUGACCACCUUCUCACCUGUAAGCUAGGGGGCUACGUGAUAAUGACCCACAACAACAUCAGAGACACAAUGGCAAAUCUACUUCGUGAGGUAUGUCAUGAUGUAAAAGUUGAACCCCAGCUACAGAAGGUGAAUGAGGGUGACUGCCUCAACCCCAAGACUAUAACAGGUGACCAAGCUCGGCUUGAUGUAUCUGCUAGAGGAGUUUGGACUCCAUUUGAUAAGACCUUUCUUGACAUAAGGGUUUCACACCCCAAUUGCUUAUCAAACAGGACAAAAACUCUUCAAGAAGUAUACGAAGAGAACGAGAAAGAGAAGAAGGACGAGUACUUGGAGAGAGUGUUGAAUGUGGAGAAGGCUACCUUCACCCCGGCUGUAUUCCUCACAUCUGGAGGAAUGUCUAAAGAGUGUAAGCAGUUCGUCAACAGAGUAGCAGACCUCAUUGCAAGAAAAAGGAAGGAAAGGUACUGCGAUGUAGUAAGACACGUGAGAACUAGGAUAAGAUUUGCAAUGUUGAGAACAACUCUUAUUGCUCUACGAGGGUACCGAGGAAAGAAGGUGGACACCAAACGUGAGAUUCAGCUAUCAGAAGUUUCAUACAACCUCAUCCCUGCCCCUAUAAUGGAGUAG